ACUUAAUUUCGUACAAUACUAUUGUGUGGGAUAGGACACCAUUGAUGUUACUUGCUUGAGCAAUGUCCAGUCCAGCUCAUAACAGUGAAGUGUCUCAAACGACAAACAUGUGGUGGAUUUUCUUGUGUUUGUUUAUGUGUUUCACGACAGGAUUAAAUAUAAACAAGGAUGGGUUACAAUUUACUGAAGACUCAUACACAUUGCCUUCGUCAGUCCCAGUUCAGAGGAGUUUGCCCCUUUGCCGAGAUUGCAGUUGUGGCGAACGCAACGAAGAACCGAGGGUAGUCGGAGGUCUGGGGUCCAGUGUGAACGCGUUCCCCUGGCUGGCCAGGCUUAUCUACCACAAGUCCUUCGGCUGCGGCGCGUCUCUCAUCAAUGACAAGUAUGUCAUCUCGGCUGCACAUUGCAUUAAAGGAUUCAUGUGGUUCAUGUUCCGAGUGACUUUCGGGGAGCACGACCGCUGCGACACGAGCGUGCGGCCUGAAACGCGGUACGUGGUGAAGAUGUACGCCCACAACUUCUCGCUGACGGACCUCCAGAAUGACGUGGCUUUGCUGAAGCUGAAUCAACCCGUGACGUACUCGCACGCGGUCAGGCCGGUGUGCCUGCCGAUUAAUGAAGCAAAAACAUAUGUAGGCGCUACAGCCAUUGUAGCCGGGUGGGGUGCCACAGGGGAGAGCAAGAACUGGUCGUGUUCCUUACUCCAAGCCGACCUGCCUGUGCUGAGCAACCAGGACUGCCAGGCGACCAGCUACAACGCCUCCAAGAUCAAGGACGCUAUGAUGUGCGCGGGUUACCCUGCUACUGCGCAUAAGGACGCGUGCACUGGUGACAGUGGAGGGCCAUUGAUAACAGAAAACGAGGACCACGCAUACGAGUUGAUAGGGGUAGUGUCAUGGGGAUACGGAUGUGCAAGGAAGGGCUACCCUGGCGUGUAUACCAGAGUGACGAAAUACCUGGACUGGAUCCGGGACAACACGCAGGAUGCGUGCUACUAUAUUGUGGAAACAUAUGAAGAAAGUGCUUCGAAGAUGUGGAAGGCGAUUAUAGUGGUGUUGAUAUGUUUUAGCUUCUUCGUGAGAGCUGAGAAUGUGACGACAAACAUUGAUAAUGAUGUAAAAAUUGAGGAAAAGCGGACGUGUAAUUGCCGAUGUGGCGAAAGGAACGAAGCGUCCCGGAUAGUGGGCGGUGUAGAGACCGCGGUCAACGAGUUCCCCUGGGCCGUGAGGUUGUCCUACUUCAAGAAGUUCUACUGUGGGGGCAUGCUCAUCAACGACCGCUAUGUGCUUACCGCGGCACACUGUGUUAAGAGUUUCAACUGGUUCAUGAUCAAAGUGACUCUAGGCGAGCACGACCGGUGCAACGCCACCCGGCGACCUGUCACCAGGUUUGUCGUGGAAAUGGUUGUCCACAACUUCACCUACUCCAAUUUUAAGGAUGACAUAGCUCUGCUGAAGUUGAACGAACCAGUCAACGUCACUGAUACUGUCAAGCCGAUUUGCUUGCCUAAAGAUGAUGGACAAACGUACGCAGGUGUAAAGGCAAUUGCAACAGGCUGGGGUUCCUUAACAGAGGAGAAGAAUCAUUCCUGCAAGCUGAUGGAAGUGGAGGUCCCAGUGCUAAGCAAUGACGAAUGCAAGAAGGUCAAGUACAUGCCUAACAUGAUUGCUGACACCAUGCUUUGCGCUGGCUACCUUAAGGAGGGCGGGAAAGAUACUUGUCAGGGUGAUAGCGGUGGGCCUCUUUGUGCUGAAAGAAAAGAUAACAAAUACGAACUUUUAGGUGUGGUCUCCUGGGGAGUGGGCUGCGGACGUCCAGGGUACCCCGGGGUGUAUACUAGGGUCAACAAAUAUUUGGAUUGGAUCCGAGAAAACGCCCGCCAAGGCUGCUACUGUUCAGACUAAGCACCAUACCGACUACUAUUUAAUUUGCCAUUGCAAACUCAAUUCUAUUGUAAUCAUUAUUAUAAUGGAAAGAUACCUUAAUCGCAAAUGUGGCCCUACUUGCCAUCGCAUACAUUUAACUGUAUUUCUUUUUUCUAAUUUAUUUCAGUAAUUAAUUACCUACUUUAGUAUAUUCUGUACCUUUAACUCUAGAAAUUAAAUUGCGAAUAGAUAAGUGAAUGAAUUUAUUUGUCCUGCAU